AUGAACGACGAAACACAAUUCACAGAAAGAGCAUUGACUAUUGUCACAUUAGCUCAAAAAUUAGCUGAAGAUCAUCAACAUCCACAAUUACAACCAAUCCAUCUCUUAGCUGCAUUCAUUGAAACUCCAGAAGAUGGUACGAUUCCAUACUUACAAAACUUAGUGGAAAAGGCAAGAUACGAUUAUGAUCUUUUCAAAAAAGUAGUCAACAGGACUUUAGUACGUAUCCCACAACAAAAUCCAGCACCACAACAAAUUACUCCAAGUUAUGCAUUAGGUAAAGUAUUACAAGAUGCGGCUAAGAUUCAAAAACAACAAAAGGAUUCAUUCAUAGCACAGGAUCAUUUAUUAUUCGCUUUGUUUAAUGAUUCAUCUAUACAAACUGUGUUCAAAGAAUCUCAAAUUGAUGUGGAAGCUAUUAAACAACAAGCUUUGGUGUUAAGAGGUAAUCAAAAGAUUGAUUCUCGUGGUGCUGAUACUAAUACACCAUUGGAAUAUUUGAAUAAAUAUGCCAUUGAUAUGACUGAACAAGCUAGAGAGGGGAAAUUAGAUCCUGUCAUUGGUAGAGAAGAAGAAAUUAGAAACACUAUUAGAGUUCUAGCAAGAAGAAUUAAAUCAAAUCCUUGUUUGAUUGGUGAACCUGGUGUCGGUAAGAGUGCUAUCAUUGAAGGUGUCGCCCAAAGAAUUAUAGAUGAUGAUGUCCCCACUUUAUUACAAAAUGCAAAACUGUUCAGUUUGGAUUUAGCAGCUUUGACAGCUGGUGCUAAAUAUAAAGGUGAUUUUGAAGAAAGGUUUAAAGGUGUCUUAAAGGAAGUAGAAGAAUCUAAAGUGUUGAUCAUUUUAUUCAUUGAUGAAAUUCAUAUGUUGAUGGGUAAUGGUAAAGAUGAUGCUGCUAACAUUUUGAAACCUGCUUUAUCAAGGGGUCAAUUAAAAGUUAUUGGUGCUACUACAAAUAAUGAAUAUAGAUCUAUUGUUGAAAAAGAUGGUGCAUUUGAAAGAAGAUUCCAAAAGAUUGAAGUUUCUGAACCAACUUUAAGAGAAACAGUGGCUAUCUUAAGAGGUUUACAACCUAAAUAUGAAAUCCAUCAUGGUGUUAGGAUUUUGGAUAGUGCAUUGGUUACGGCUGCUCAAUUGGCUAAACGUUAUUUACCUUAUAGAAGAUUACCAGAUUCUGCAUUAGAUUUAGUUGAUAUUUCUUGUGCAGGUGUUGCUGUGGCUAGAGAUUCUAAACCAGAAGAAUUAGAUUCAAAAGAGCGACAAUUACAAUUAAUUGAAGUGGAAAUUAAAGCUUUGGAAAGAGAUGAAGAUGCAGAUUCCACUACCAAGGACAGAUUAAAGCAAGCUAGACAAAAGGAAGCUUCUAUAAGAGAAGAAUUGGAACCUUUAAGACAACGUUACAACGAGGAAAGACAUGGUCAUGAAGAAUUGACUAAAGCUAAGAAGAAAUUAGAUGAAUUGGAAAACAAAGCAUUAGAAGCUGAACGUAGACAAGAUACUGCUACUGCUGCAGAUUUGAGAUAUUUUGCAAUUCCUGGUGUUAAAGAGCAAAUUGCCAAGUUUGAAAAUCAAGUCGCUGAAGAAGAGAAACGUGCUGGUGCUAAUUCUAUGAUUCAAAAUGUUGUUGAUUCUGAUACCAUUUCUGAAACCGCAGCAAGAUUAACUGGUAUCCCAGUGAAGAAAUUAACUGAAUCUGAAAAUGAAAAAUUGAUUCAUAUGGAAAAUGAUCUUUCAUCACAAGUUGUUGGUCAAAUGGAAGCUAUUAAAGCUGUUUCCAAUGCUGUUAGAUUAUCAAGAUCAGGGUUAUCUAAUCCAAGACAACCUGCAUCAUUCUUAUUCUUAGGUCUUUCAGGUUCAGGUAAAACUGAAUUAGCUAAAAAGAUUGCUGGAUUUUUGUUUAAUGAUGAAGAUAUGAUGAUUAGAGUCGAUUGUUCAGAAUUGGGUGAGAAAUACUCAGUCUCUAAAUUGUUAGGUACAUCAGCAGGUUAUGUUGGGUAUGAUGAAGGUGGGUUUUUAACAAAUCAAUUACAGUAUAAACCUUAUUCGGUAUUAUUAUUUGAUGAAGUGGAAAAGGCUCAUCCUGAUGUCUUGACAGUUAUGUUACAAAUGUUAGAUGAUGGUAGAAUUACAUCUGGUCAAGGUAAAACUAUUGAUUGUUCCAAUUGUAUUAUUAUUAUGACUUCUAAUUUAGGUGCACAAUAUAUUAAUAAUCAAAAGGGAUCUAAGAUUCAAGAUGCUACAAAGGAGCUAGUUAUGGGAGCUGUUAAGAAUCAUUUCAGACCUGAAUUUUUGAAUAGAAUUUCCAGUAUUGUUGUUUUCAAUAAAUUAUCUAGAAAGGCAAUUCAUAAGAUUGUUGAUAUUAGAAUUAAAGAAUUAGAGGCAAGGUUUGAAGCUAAUGAUAGACAUUAUAAAUUGAAUGUUUCCCCAGAGGCCAAAGAUUUCUUAGCUAAAUUUGGUUAUUCAGAUGAUAUGGGUGCUCGUCCAUUGAACAGAUUGAUUCAAAAUGAAAUUUUAAAUAAACUAGCAGUUAGAAUUCUUAGAAAGGAGGUCCUUGAUAAAGAGGCCGUCAAUAUUGUAUUGAGAGUUGGUAAAUCCGGUGCUGAUGACAGUACUGGUGAAGGUGAAUCAUUAGAUGUGUUACCAAAUCAUGAAGGUACAGGUGUUGUCAAUUCAUAUGAUGAUAUGGAUGUUGAUGAAGACGACGAUGAUCUUGAAUUGGAUUAA